AAACUCAUUGAGUUAGCUCGGAUUAGAAACUCAGGGAGUCUAUUCGGAACAGGAACACUAACUCACUGUACACAGGGUGUGGUGAGAGAAGAGGGCCAUUUGUCUGUGUUUGCCGUUCAUGGCAAGCACCAUUUCUCUGCAGAUAACAUCACACCUGCAUCUAGCAUUUGUGCUUGGUUGUUGGUGCACAAAAGAUUGAGCUGUGCGGUGGCUAGGGUUGUGCCCGAAUGGAGAUUAGGGCACCAUUGGUCGACAAAGACCAUCUGGGCUGGCGAACUGGAUCUGGCAAUGAAGUUUGAAUGUGCAGAGGGUGCCACAGAGUUCACUAUUUCCCUUCUUGAAUCUUUGGUCACUGAUGAGUCCAGAGUUGUCUCAGAACUCCAUAAUCUUGUUGAUGCAUUGGCAAAGCUUGCUGCCAAACCUGGUUCUCUGGAGUCUUUGCAGCAACUAAUUGAGAUUAUCAGGAAUCCAGUUUCAAGCGCUGCUGCUCUCUCUGGUGUUACCGUUGGAAAAGAGGAUAAAGCUAGGCAAUCAAGAGACAAAAAGGCACCUGGUCACACUACAGCAAACAGAGAGGAGAAUAGCAGUGUAGAGCCUUUGGAUCCAGAUCCUGCUGGGUUCCGGGAGCAGGUCUCCAUGUUGUUCGCAGAAUGGUACCAGAUAUGUGAACUUCCUGGGACAAAUGAUGCAGCUUGCACCCAUUUUAUUUUACAGUUGCAUCAAAAUGGACUACUUAAGGGGGAUGAUAUGACAGAACGCUUUUUCCGCAUACUAACAGAACUUUCCGUUACUCAUUGCAUUUCUAAUGAGGUGCUUAAUGGUCCAUUGCAAUCACCUCAGCAAGUGCAGAGUCUAUAUCUUGCUAUUGAUAUAUAUGGGAAACUGGUGUUUUCAAUCUUGAAGUUUUGCCCAAUGGAGCAGGGAUCGAGCAAACUCUUCCUCAUGUCAAAGAUUUUGACUGUGACCGUGAGAUUCAUUCAAAAUAAUGCUGAGGAGAAGAAGUCAUCUUUUAAUCCGAGACCCUAUUUCAGAUUGUUUAUUAACUGGUUGCUAGACCUUGGUUCCUUAGACCCUCUUACAGACAGUGCAAACUUUCAAAUUUUGACUGCUUUUGCAAAUGCAUUCCAUGCUUUGCAACCUCUUAAAGUUCCUGCAUUCAGCUUUGCAUGGCUCGAGUUGGUGAGUCAUAGGAGUUUCAUGCCGAAAUUACUCACAGGAAAUGGUCAGAAGGGUUGGCCAUACGUCCAGCGCCUUCUGGUAGACUUGCUUCAGUUCCUGGAGCCAUUUCUGAGACAUGCUGAGUUAGGAGUGCCGGUCCACUUUCUUUAUAAGGGUACACUGAGGGUGCUGUUGGUGCUACUUCAUGACUUCCCUGAGUUCCUCUGUGAUUAUCAUUUUACUUUCUGUGAUGUAAUACCCCCAAGUUGCAUACAAAUGCGUAAUAUCAUUCUCAGUGCUUUUCCUCGCAAUAUGAGACUUCCAGAUCCAUCUACUCCCAACUUAAAGAUUGAUUUGCUUCCAGAGAUAAGAGAACCCCCUCGGAUUCUUUCUGAGGUUGAUGCCGCUCUCAAAGCGAAACAGAUGAAGGCUGAUGUAGAUGAGUAUCUGAAGACAAGGCAACAGGGUUCUUCUUUUCUGUCUGAGCUGAAGCAAAGAUUACUCCUUUCCCCCAGUGAAGCUGCUUCUGCUGGUACCCGUUACAAUGUGCCAUUGAUAAACUCUCUUGUUCUUUAUGUUGGAAUGCAGGCCAUUCAGCAACUGCAAGCAAGAACGUCACAUUCACAAUCAACAGCAAAUGCUGUUCCCCUGGCUGUCUUCUUAGUUAGUGCUGCCCUGGAUAUAUUUCAAACUCUAAUUCUGGACCUAGACACUGAAGGACGCUACCUAUUUCUUAAUGCCAUUGCUAAUCAACUACGCUAUCCGAACAACCAUACACACUACUUUUCUUUCAUCCUACUGUACCUAUUUGCCGAGUCAAACCAGGAAAUUAUCCAGGAGCAAAUAACAAGAGUAUUGUUGGAACGCCUCAUUGUUAAUCGACCUCAUCCAUGGGGUCUUCUCAUUACCUUCAUUGAGCUAAUCAAGAAUCCUAGAUAUAGCUUCUGGAAUAGAGCCUUCAUAAGAUGUGCUCCGGAGAUAGAGAAGCUCUUUGAAUCUGUUGCAAGAUCUUGCGGGGGCUUAAAGCCUGUGGAUGAGAGUAUGGUCUCAGGCUGGGUUUCUGACAACACCCAUUAGGAUCUCCGGACAUGUAUACAGCUCUGUAUUUCAUUGAUGGAAUUGUAGACCAAAGAGAGUCGAUGUCUAGCCCAUGUAAAUACAUUGUGAUUGCUUCUUUUUUCUGAAAGCAUCAAUAGUUUCGGUUGUAUUUUAAUGUUUAGGGGUUUGAGUGUUGAAGACGUUGCUUGCACAUAUAGGUGUUACAUCGUUUGUGUUGUUUGCAGAUGGAAUUAUAUUUGAGCA